CCAAUGUGUGGGUUAUUAUACUGCACCGCGUGUUGGUAUUUUAUUUCGGGCCAUGUCACGUGGUCGUGGUGUUAGUAGCUGCAGACAGAGAACUAAGAGAAGGGGAGAAGAGGGGAUAUUAGUUUGUGGGAAUUUUCCAGAUAAUUAUGAAUAAAUCCCAGACGAUCAUAAGGAUGAUUUUUGCUACAGUCUAAUGUCGUUUUGGAUGGCGCGCCGGCGGGUGGAAUUCAGAACGACUUUUUCAUCUGUGUAGGCUACUGUAGUCUGGAUAUUUUAUACAGAUGUCAUACCGUUUGCGGUUUAUUUUUUCCAUCGAAUGGAAUAUAUUUUCACUUCUGAAUGGAAAAUUCAUUAAGCUAUAGACUAGGCCUACUUAAUACUUAAUAGAGCAUUCAAAUGCGUCUCGUUUCACUUUAGUUAUUGGCAUCGUUUUUGCCUAAAGGGAAAUUGAGUGCCACCUGAAUAAAAUCGUGGUUUUCAGUGCGACUUGUGUUUCAAGCGCUCAAUUGACAAUGAAACACCUCUCAAUCACUAAGGACUCCGAAGCUAGCUGAGCUUAUACUACCAGUUUCCAAGCACGGGGAACGAGGAUAGGCUGACUCAAAAAUAUCUGAAGAUACGGAAUUGUCAUCAAUACGUUGACAUAUGCUUCAAUUGGAAACAAUUUGUGUGGUGCGUUCUCUUUAGCAUUUAAUGCGCCGUAUCGGCUGGCCCCAGCCAUCAUCGUGCGCCUCCGCCGCGGACAUUUAUAUUGGAAGCAACAGGCUGAGCUCAUCCCACUGGUGAGAAAGUCGCCUUUCACCGGAGCAAUUCACUUCCUGUGUGUUUAUGCCAUCCUUACGAGCCGAGUGCGUUCACCCGUUUCGUGCUGACUUACAACUCCCCUUUAAACUAUCUGGGAUAGUGGUGAACAGUUGUUGGAACUGGACCUCAAGACGCUCCCACUGAAGAAUUGCGGGUUUAAUGCAUUUCGUUUACGCGCAGGCGACACACAGCUGUGGAAAACCCGACACUGCAUGCGGAGUGCUGAUGGUUGACAGGGCGAAAGAGGGCGGACAAAAAACAGACGGGUUAAACAGCGUGCCUUGGUUAUGGUUUCAUAUCUAACUCCAAGGAGCUGGAAUAUUUAAUUUGCUGUUCAUUCAGAGAGCUCCACAUCUACACCUCCAAGACAGCCACGCAUGCCCCAGAGGACCUUUGCACAUCAGCACUUCAUGCCCGCCCUGGUGAUGCCAUGCCCCGCAACCACAGCGGAGAUGAAGGCGGCACGGGGCUCUGGAUGAAAACUUCUCCGGGCCACCGCGCCGAGGGCUAUGACUUGAAGGAUGUGGAGUCCGGCCGAAGGAUGAUGAACAACGCCAGUGCCGGGGACGGUUUGCUGUCGGCCUCCAGUGCUACAGGUGCCGGGGGUUCGGAGAGCCUGAGGGGAAACAAGGGAGCCCGGCUCAGCCUGCUGGGAAAGCCGCUCAUAUACAGCGCCCAGAGCGGCCGGAGAAACGUCCGUUACCGAAGGCUGCAGAAUUUACUGUACAACGUGCUGGAGAGACCACGAGCCUGGGCGUUCAUCUACCAUGCGUUUGUGUUCGUCCUGGUCUUUGGUUGCUUGGUCCUGUCUGUGUUCUCCACCAUUCCGGCUCACCAGGAUUUCUCUUCCGACUGUCUGCUCAUCCUGGAGUUUGUGAUGAUCGUGGUGUUUGGGCUGGAGUACAUCAUCAGGAUCUGGUCGGCCGGCUGCUGCUGUCGCUACAGAGGAUGGCAGGGUCGCCUCCGUUUUGCCCGGAAGCCUUUCUGUGUCAUAGACAUCAUCGUACUGAUAGCCUCCGUAGCGGUGGUGUCGGCAGGAAGCCAGGGUAACAUCAUCGCCACGUCCGCCCUGCGUAGCCUCCGCUUCCUGCAGAUCCUGCGUAUGGUGCGCAUGGACCGGCGCGGCGGCACCUGGAAACUGCUGGGAUCAGUGGUGUACGCACACAGCAAGGAGCUGGUGACGGCCUGGUACAUUGGCUUCCUGGUCCUCAUCUUCUCCUCCUUUCUGGUCUACCUUGUGGAGAACAAGUUCAACAGCGAGUUUGCCACCUAUGCUGAUGCCUUAUGGUGGGGAACGAUCACCUUGACAACCAUUGGUUAUGGGGACAAGACCCCGAAGACAUGGACCGGUCGUAUGCUCUCAGCUGGGUUUGCUCUACUGGGCAUCUCUUUCUUUGCCCUGCCAGCGGGUAUACUGGGCUCAGGCUUUGCCCUGAAGGUCCAGGAGCAGCACAGACAGAAGCACUUUGAGAAGAGGAGGAACCCAGCCGCUUGUCUCAUCCAGUGUGUUUGGCGUAGUUAUGCGGCUGAUGAGAACUCGGUUUCCAUUGCUACCUGGAAGCCUCAUUUGAAGGCGUUGCAUACCUGCAGCCCUACAAAGAAGGACCAGGGUGAAUCGUCCACAAGCCAGAAGUUGAGUUUCAAAGACCGUGUCCGGAUGGCGAGCCCCAGGGGGCAGAGUAUUAAGAGCCGGCAGACGUCGGUGAGCGACCGGCGGUCCCCGGGGACUGAGGCUGGGGGUACGGAGGGCACCAGCCCUGCCAAGGUCCAGAAGAGCUGGAGCUUCAAUGACCGCACCCGCUUCAGACCCUCCCUCCGCCUCAAGAUCCAAUCACGCUCCACUGCCGAUGCUGACUCUAACAUGACCACUGAGGAUGGGUUCGGUGAUGACAAGGGCUGUCACUGUGAGAUCUCUGUGGAGGACCUGCUGCCUUCUGUCAAGUCUGUCAUCCGAGCCGUCAGGAUAAUGAAGUUCCACGUGGCCAAGAAGAAGUUUAAGGAGACGUUGCGUCCGUACGAUGUGAAGGACGUCAUAGAGCAGUACUCCGCCGGACACCUGGACAUGCUGUGUCGCAUCAAGAGUCUGCAGACACGGCUGGACAUGAUAGUGGGGCCCCAGCCCCUGAGCAGCCGAGCCAAGACCUUUUCCUCUCCCUCCCUGCCCAUGUAUUACAGCCAGGGCAGAAAGAACUCCACGCAGGGAGUGGACCAGAUCCUGGGUAAAGGCCAGGUUCCUCUGGAUAAGAAGAUCCGGGACAAGCUGCUGUCUGAUGGAGACCUGCUGGAGGACAUGAGUAUGCUGGGACGUGUCUGCAAAGUGGAACGGCAGGUCCAGUCUAUUGAGUCGAAGCUAGACUCCCUGUUGGACAUCUACCGGCAUGUGUUACGUAAAGGCUCCUCCUCUGCCCUCACCCUCUCCUCCUUGCCUCUGUUUGAGCUGGAGCAGACCUCAGACUACCAGAGCUCUAUCCUCUUCAAGGACCACUCUACCUGCUCUACCCAGGUCAGCAGCACUGGAGGUGGGCCAGGGAUAGAGGGCCAAGGGGGGUGCGUGACCCGCUCCUCCACCAACGCCUCAAACCUGUCCCGGGGACUUCACCUUAUCCUGGCGCCGUCCACCGAGCUCAGCCUGAACCUCAACACUGGCACCACCUCGCCUUCUACCAGUGGGCCCCCGCCCUCCUCGUUCAGUCCGCCGCCCCUUCCUCAACACCACCAUCAUCAUCAUCAUCAUACCCUGCCGGAAAGUGGGGAACCAGUCCAUAGAGGAAGUUCUUCUCACUCACCUCCUAUUCUUACUCCUAAUUGUGUAUCUGGAGGUGGGGGGUUUCCUACUCUGGCCAGGCCCCCACCACCUCCUCCCCAGCCCAGCCGGACGGUGGGUCACUCCAGGCCGGAGAGGGAGAGGGAGAUGGUGAUGGAGGUGGGUGACUUCUGUGGAAGCCCGGAGGAGAGGGAGGAUGGUGAUGUGUUAGGCCCAGAACAAGGCCUCCGAAUCGGGAGGCUGGGGCAGCCAAGAGGUGGGUCCAGUGGGAACAGCAAUGCCAAAGCAGAGGGCUCCUGGAGGAGACGCACGAGCCUGGAGAUGGAGCCCCUGGUACCCCUCUCUUCUGCUCUGGGAGGAGGAGGCCGCUGUUCCUCUGGCUCCAACCCCAGCCAGGUGGACCGAAGCCUGGGCAAGUCCAUGUCCAUCCAAAACCUGGGGCAGGGGGGGUCAACCACCUCCAGGGCCCUGGAUAGCCACCACCAUCCUAGCCUCAGCCUCUCCUCCCCCAGCCCCUGCAGCAGCAAUUCCCCCACAGGCUCCCACAGUAGUCAGGACCCUGGGGGAGGCGGCGGCGGGGAUGGCUGGGGGGAGGAGGACCUCUUUAUCAGCGACAGGGACGUGGAUGCCCUCCCUCUCCCCCCCGAGGCUCAAGGUGGAGCUUUUGGCUUUGACUUCCUGUCCCAGGGGACAGCCGACGCAACCUCUUACUCAUCAGAGCUACUGAGGACAGACCCGGGGCUUGGGGCGGGGUUAAGUGCUCUGGCAGGGUUCAAUAGGAGCCUGGCGAGCGCGAGCGGGAACAUGUCAUCUCCCCCCUCAGUCGGGAGCACCGAGUCCCUGAGCAUGCCGCACGUACGGCUAAAAUAAGACACACCCCCGUGUCGUAUGGACCAAUCAAAAAACUUCACCUUACAGAGAAGCUCGUUAUUCUAUUUUGGGAGGGGGGAGGGGGAACAGGGAGGGACUAUAAUGGUUAUGUCUGUUUAUUUUUUAUGUUGAUUCAUUUGAUAAAAAGCAUAGUAUUUUUCAUACAUGUCGACGAUACAUGAACAUAUCAUUGCAUGAAUUAUUCUUUUUUUAAAGUACGCUUGAAGAAAUCGAAACAAAGAAAAUAAAGAAGGUAUAAUAAAGAGAGAGAGAGAGGUGCAUAAAAAAGAGACUGAGUAAGAGGUUGUGUGUAUAUAUAUAUAAAUAUAUAUAUAUAAAGAAACAAGCUAAACUUGAUCCUGAAAGACAAUGGAUUGAUCUGUGAUCUCGAAACUGCAUGAGCACUGCAUGUUUUCAGUCCAAAUGUCAUGGUAUUACAACUUACCCAUAAGCCUUACAUUCAUUAACACAGGAAGUUGUUGAUGCCUAUAGGCCUGAGGGCAAAACCCUUCUAGAAAACCUUUCCUUCAUUUUAAUACACAUAAUCAUGUACAGUAAAAAUUCAAGUGUGGGGCAUCCUAACUUACAAGACGGGGCAAGUUAAAUGCUUACAAGUUAAAUGGGGCAAGUUAAAUGCUUACAUGAACCCAAUAUCAUCCAAAGCUUCUGAGGCAGCCAUCUUGAAAUGAAUGUUGCCUCAACACGACCAAGUUUUUCACCCACAUCAGUUCCCUAUAAUAAUUUCUCAUUUGAGAGACUAUUGUGGACGUACAAUGGCACAAAUCACCCCUCAUUGCAAUGACAGACUUGCCAUGUCCAGGUCAAUACCAGUUUGAGGUAAAUUCAAUUCUGCCAACCGGUCACACACACUAACACACACACCAACACACACACUAACACACACACACACACACACACACACACACACACACACACACACACACACACACACACACACACACACACACACACACACACACACACACACACACACACACACACACACACACACACACACACACACACACACACACACACACACACACACACACACACACACACACACACACACACACACACACACACACACACGUAGUUUACAUACGGUAUAACUGUUGUACACAAGCUGCUACACUUAGUCCCGGGAAAGGAAUAACUUCUAAAACAGGAGACGAAUAGCUUCUAAGACCAUAGAAAUAGAAAUACUAGAAUAUGGUCCAUCCAGCAUGACACCUUUGAAUGGGGAUGUCCGUUCUAGUAGUUAUAUUUCUAUGCCUAAAACACAGUUCAUUUGCGCACCCCAAGGUGUUUUCUAACCCGACGACCAAGGUAUCCACAUUAUGAAUGUGAUUUCUUGUGAUACCUGUGUAUCUUCUCUUUCCCCAAAAAAUAGUGAGUUACUUAUAACAGAAGAGACAAAAACACGAUGAAGGGAGAAAAUGUGCAAACGUAUAUUAUGUUAUCUGAUUAUGUGACCCUGCAGUCUUACAGUACACGGUUUCAGUCGGAAUCUGAUUAUGUGACCCUGCAGUCUUACAGUACACGGUUUCAGUCGGAAUCUGAUUAUGUGACCCUGCAGUCUUACAGUACACGGUUUCAGUCGGAAUCUGAUUAUGUGACCCUGCAGUCUUACAGUACACGGUUUCAGUCGGAAUCUGAUUAUGUGACCCUGCAGUCUUACAGUACACGGUUUCAGUCGGAAUCUGAUUAUGUGACAGUCUUACAGUACACGGUUUCAGUCGGAAUCUGAUUAUGUGACCCUGCAGUCUUACAGUACACGGUUUCAGUCGGAAUCUGAUUAUGUGACCCUGCAGUCUUACAGUACACGGUUUCAGUCGGAAUAUGAUUAUGUGACCCUGCAGUCUUACAGUACAAGGUUUCAGUCGGAAUCUGAUUAUGUGACCCUGCAGUCUUACAGUACACGGUUUCAGUCGGAAUCUGAUUAUGUGACCCUGCAGUCUUACAGUACACGGUUUCAGUCGGAAUCUGAUUAUGUGACCCUGCAGUCUUACAGUACACGGUUUCAGUCGGAAUCUGAUUAUGUGACCCUGCAGUCUUACAGUACACGGUUUCAGUCGGAAUCUGAUUAUGUGACCCUGCAGUCUUACAGUACACGGUUUCAGUCGGAAUCUGAUUAUGUGACCCUGCAGUCUUACAGUAUACGGUUUCAGUCGGAAUCUGAUUAUGUGACCCUGCAGUCUUACAGUACACGGUUUCAGUCGGAAUCUGAUUAUGUGACCCUGCAGUCUUACAGUACACGGUUUCAGUCGGAAUCUGAUUAUGUGACCCUGCAGUCUUACAGUACACGGUUUCAGUCGGAAUCUGAUUAUGUGACCCUGCAGUCUUACAGUACACGGUUUCAGUCGGAAUAUGAUUAUGUGACCCUGCAGUCUUACAGUACACGGUUUCAGUCGGAAUAUGAUUAUGUGACCCUGCAGUCUUACAGUACACGGUUUCAGUCGGAAUCACACUCACCGGCUGUAGUUCUUUUAAUACAUUAUAGUUUUGAAUGCUUAUUAAAUUGCUUAAACGGAAGUUGACAUGCUGUAGAAUGUAUAUAAUGUUAUGUUAAUAAUCUGUAAGUGACAUUUUGCACUCCCUGGCAAGCAGUGUGAGUGACAUCAUGGCUAAUGCUAACAACAAUUAGCCCUUUUGACUUAAAGGGAUAUGUCACUCAAAUCACAAAAUUACAUUGUUUUUCUUACCCUUCAAGCAGUCUUUGGACAAGGAGAGACAGCAAUGACGGACAGCAAUUUCUUUACAUGGUACCAAAAUAAAAAUGUAAUUUUCUAAUUUGGGUGGACUAUCCCUUUAAAUGUUAUAGAUUCAGGUACAAUAAGGUCAUGUUCAUUAGGGCACAAUGUAGCAAAACAUUUUGAAACGGAAUGCAAAGAUGACUCAUUGGACAUGCUCAGCCUCAGGUAGUAGGCUACUUCAUCGGUUUUCACAACGUUUUGUAACAUUCUGUGCCUACUGAACAGGAUCCUGGUAAGGAUUAUUGGAUGUUUCACCAAGUGGGUUGUUUCAAAGGAGAGAAACCCAUUCAAAAACAACAUGAAAUGCAGUAUGAACUUGUACGCUAAACCCAAAGCUCCAGUACACAUACCAUUGGAAACAGAAACAUUAGCAGAAACAUUUUGAGUCGAUUAAAUCCUCAUUGAAGGCUUUACCAGAAUAUGUGAAGUAUAUAAAACAUGCAGUACAUAACAUGGUGCCUUUCUUAGCGAUAUACUGUCCAUUUCAACAUUUAUUUGCACCCAACGUGUGGGUUGUUGGCCUUUUGUGCUGAACUGGUCUCACAUACUUGAUUUUUUUUCGGCCCUUGUAUAAAAAAAAAAUGACUAUCUGAUUUGGGCAUUAUUUAUCCACAGACAGACCAUGUAUUACCAAAGGAAAACUGGCCUUUAGAAAUGUCAUCAUUGUGUCUCAUACGAUCAUUAUCCUAAUUUAUUUAAAUGACGUGCACAUACCUAUACGAUAGUAAUAAUAUCCGUUAGCUCCAAUCAAACCUGUAAUGUCAUGAAAAAUGCUAAAGAAACUUCUAUUCUCCUACAUCAAUAAAAAAAAGAAGGAAAUUCAA